UCUAUGGGUUUUGAAAGUGUCAUGAAACUUUCUUGUGAUACCGCAAUUUUGUUUGUCAAUUUCAAAAGAAAACUUUAUGAAGAGUUUAUUCUAAAGACUUAGGUCGAUCGUUUAGUUUAUAGUAAGCUUUAAAUGUCCUUUUUUUCAUAAACUGUCUAGUGCAUAGUUAACCUUUUUUAAAUAAAGCCGACAUAAAUUAUUAUAAUGUCUUCCGGGCGUCCAAUAAAAUGUGUAGUGGUCGGCGAUGGAACUGUUGGCAAAACAUGUAUGUUAAUCUCAUAUACGACUGAUAGCUUUCCAGGCGAAUAUGUACCCACUGUUUUCGAUAAUUAUUCUGCUCCAAUGGUCGUUGAUGGAAUCUCCGUUAGUUUAGGAUUAUGGGAUACUGCUGGACAAGAAGAUUAUGAUAGGCUACGACCUUUAUCGUACCCUCAGACGGACGUUUUUCUGAUAUGUUUUAGUGUAGCAUCACCUUCCUCAUUCGAAAAUGUAACGUCCAAAUGGUAUCCAGAAGUGAAACAUCAUUGUCCCGAUGCACCUAUGAUACUAGUUGGUACCAAAAUAGAUCUAAGGGAUGAUCGAGAAACGUUAAAUUCCUUAGCCGAUCAAGGAUUAAGCCCAAUCAAAAGGGAGCAAGGUCAAAAAUUGGCGAAUAAGGUUAGGGCAGUUAAAUACAUGGAAUGUUCUGCUCUCACCCAACGAGGGUUAAAACAAGUAUUCGACGAAGCUGUUCGUGCAGUACUAAGACCAGAACCACAAAAACGAAGGCAACGAAAAUGCCUCAUUAUGUAAUCUUUUUGUACUGAAGCUAGCCAUUGAUAUUUUCUUCUUUUACGAGUGGUUUAAGAGGACGUGUAAUACAACUCAAAGCGAAAUACUCAUUUUUUAAAUAACCUAUAACAGUUGUGCCAUGAAUUACGUUUUGCGCAGUACAUUAUUUGUUAGAAUAUCAUUCUAAUUUUUUUUAAGUUUUAAAAUGCAAUUUUUAUUUAUAGUAAUAACAAAUUAGUAUAGCAGCUUUAUAAAGAAAUGAUAGUGUAAGUAAUUCCGUCUUUGUAUUAUUAUUGUAUUUACUUUUUUUAAGGUUAGUUUAAUUCGAAAACGAAUGUUUAUUUAUUUUUGGAAAUUUAUAAGGAAAAGGUCUGUUAUUACUUAUAAUUCAAAGACCAAAGUUAUCUGUAUUCUAGUCACAGAUCGUAAAUGUAUUGCACACAAUGUUUUUUACAUUUCUAAGUAAAAACAGCACUGGUGUUUCAAUGGUUUAUGAACUGACAUGUAUUUGAAUUGUAUUUAAAUCAUGAAUAAAUUUCUUUAUACUUA